GUUGGAUUUGUAUCGAUUCGUGUGAAACAACAGAAUGAUUUCCGAUCCCGAUCUCUUGUUCUACGCUUGUAUUGCGAAGGGAACAGUGGUUCUCGCUGAGCUCUCUUCGAAGGAGCCGGGGAUCGAAGCCACGGCUUUGAGAUGCAUAGAGAACACGCCUCCAAAUCACUCUAUCUUCUCUCACACAGUCCGCGAAAGGACGUACACUGUCGCGAUCGAUGAUCCAUUUGUCUAUUUCGCAAUCUCAGAUGAAGAUAUGGAGAAAUCAGAAGGUGUCUGGCUCUUGAAUCGCUUCAAAUCAACCAUGGAGGAUCUGGUAAAAUCCGGAUCUAUCGAUUCGUUGGAUAACCUCUCCUCGCACUGUCUCCAGUCAGAACUCGAUCCGCUUUUCGCUGAGAUCGUAGGCGGUGAGCUUGGUUUAGAUUCGGCGUUGGAGGAGAGCGGUCGGUAUCCAAGCAUGGAUUCCUGGAAAGGAUGGAGAGCUGCGAUAAUGCCGCUUAUGGGAAAUCCCUUGAAGGUGUUGAAGAAGAAGAGAUUGCACACGGAUACAAAGGAUAAAGACGCGAGGGAUUUGCGUGGGGAUGGAAGCAGUGGCGUGUUAUGCAAGGAACUGAGGAAAGGGUGGUUAUUACAAAAUCAUCAGGCGCGGAGGAACCAUGUGUGGAUGGUGUUGGCGUUCGGUACACUCAUCUGUGCGGUUCUGUUCGGAGCGUGGAUGAGGGUUUGCCAGGGUUCUCAAGGUAAGUGAAGAGACUCUACAUCCAAUCCAAUCGAAAGAUGAUUUUGAACAGAACACUGUUUUCUGUUAUUUUUUUCUCGAGUUUGUUGUUUCGGGGAUCGAAUCAAUGUCGAACCCUAGUUUACACAUUGGUUAUAUUAUAUCCAUUGGAGAUUUUCCUUUUUCGCAUGAAAAACGAGUGUUUGUAUCUCUUUUGUUCUGCAUAACAUCAUCAUCCUCGUCAUCUCU